CUGGUGCUGGCGUCUGCAGGCUCAGCCCUCGAGGCCACCCCGGGUGGGGCGUGUGGGGAGCACCGGCCGUUCGCAGCGGCAGCAACAGGAAGCCGUGCGGUCUCCUCCCGCACCUGGGAAGGAGGCUUCUGGCCAUUCCCAGAACGGGAAUAGCUCCUCUCGCGCAUCCGGGUGCGGAGGGGGCCGCCGGAAUUUGGGGGACCAAACCCUCCGCGGGGCGCACCCCCCCCGCCCCCUCUGAUGCACUCGUUUCCCGGGCGCGCUCUCUCGCUGGCCGAGGUCUCACUGCAGCCUUUCUCUCCUUCCAGUGGUGAUCGCCGCUCGGGAAUGCGGGUGUGAAGGGCCCGAGCUGCCGCCCAGCGGGGAAGAGACCCCGGGACGCCGGAAAUCACCAUCCCGAAGCUGCGAGAAGGGGGGGGAAUGAGAGCAUUCUUUCAGUUUGUGUGCCUUGUGGGGAAUUUUUUUUUUUAAUCGUUAUUUUUUUUAAAAGAAACAUUUCCGCGCUACUUUCUGUCAUCAUCUCUGGGGAAAUCAGCCAGAACCACCGGAACGUAACUGAAACCAGACGAAAGAGGCAGGAGCCGAGGCAGUACCUGCAGCGUCCGGGCACCAGAGCCACCUUGGAACCGGAACGCGUCUCCGGCGGCCGCGGGGCUGCGGCUCCGCCAAACUUUGGGGCGGGCGGGGCGGGCUGGGGCGCCGAGGGGGCUUCGUAGACCGAGGGCCGCCCCCUAACCAUGAUGUUUCGCGACCAGGUCGGGGUGCUGGCGGGCUGGUUUAAGGGCUGGAACGAGUGCGAGCAGACUGUUGCGCUGCUGUCGCUGCUUAAGCGCGUGAGCCAGACCCAGGCCCGCUUCCUCCAGCUCUGCCUGGAGCACUCGCUGGCCGACUGCGCCGAGCUGCACGUCCUCGAAGGCGAGGCCAACAGCCCCGGAAUCAUUAACCAAUGGCAACAGGAAUCCAAGGAUAAAGUGAUUUCCCUCCUGUUAACUCAUCUGCCUUUGCUGAAGCCAGGAAACCUUGAUGCAAAAGUAGAGUAUAUGAAACUGCUGCCCAAAAUCCUGGCUCACUCUAUUGAACACAACCAGCACAUUGAGGAGAGCAGGCAGCUACUGUCCUAUGCUUUGAUACAUCCGGCCACUUCGCUGGAAGAUCGCAGCGCGUUAGCCAUGUGGCUGAACCACUUGGAGGACCGCACGUCGACCAGCUUUGGCGGCCAGAACCGAAGCCGCUCAGACUCUGUGGAUUAUGGGCAGACGCACUACUAUCACCAAAGACAGAACUCCGAUGACAAGCUCAAUGGGUGGCAGAACUCUCGGGAUUCUGGGAUUUGCAUCAACGCCUCCAACUGGCAGGACAAAAGCCUGGGGUGUGAGAACGGCCACGUGCCCCUCUACUCCUCCUCAUCUGUCCCCACCACAAUCAAUACAAUUGGAACCAGCACAAGUACAAAUGUUCCGGCCUGGUUAAAAAGCCUCCGCCUGCACAAGUAUGCUGCGCUUUUCUCCCAGAUGACCUACGAGGAAAUGAUGGCCCUCACUGAGUGCCAGCUGGAGGCUCAGAAUGUUACCAAAGGUGCAAGACACAAAAUUGUCAUCAGUAUUCAGAAGCUCAAAGAAAGACAAAACCUCCUGAAGUCUUUGGAAAGGGACAUCAUCGAGGGGGGCAACCUGCGCAUCCCACUCCAGGAACUGCACCAGAUGAUCCUGACUCCCAUCAAGGCCUACAGCUCCCCGAGCACCACCCCCGAGGCUCGCCGCCGGGAGCCCCAGGCUCCGCACCCGCCCUCCCUGAUGGGCCCUGAGGGCCAGAGCCCCGACUGCAAAGACAGUGCCUCGGCCGCCGGGGCCACAGCCACCACCUCGGCUGGGGCCAGCGGCGGGUUGCAGCCACACCAGCUGAGUAGCUGUGAUGGGGAGCUGGCCGUCGCCCCCCUGCCGGAGGGGGAUCUCCCCGGGCAGUUCACACGUGUCAUGGGGAAAGUCCUCCCGGGGUGGAGCGGGUGGAGCCCCACAGCACCGUGCACACCUUCUCCUUGUUCUCAGAGUCUCUGUCACCAACAUAACCCUUUGUCCCUUGCAGAAUUCCAGCUUCCUGUGACUGAACCGGACAUCAACAACAGGCUGGAGUCCUUGUGCCUCAGUAUGACCGAGCACGCCCUGGGAGACGGGGUUGACCGGACCUCCACCAUCUAGAAGCUGAAGAUGAGAGUGACCGCGCUGGCCGUGAAAUCGACUGCUGCGGGUCCAGUGUCAGCCAUCUUCAGGGUUGCACAGAAUCCUCGGAGAUACUUUGCAGCCUUUUUUUUUCCCUGGUCCCUCUCCCAUUUUGAUUUUGUGAGAGCGUAGGUCGUCCUUGUAAACAUAUCAGUAGACCGGGGAUUGGUUAUUUUGUCAUUUGUUUCUGUCACGGGAUGGCUUGGUGUGCGGGGUGGGGAGGGGUCUCUAGGGAAACGUGGGACUGGGAGGGGAUGGAGAGGGAAUGCAAGUGGCUUCUUGGAUGGAGAGAGGGGGAGAAACGAACAAAAAGAGUACCGCCUACCGCCGUGAAAGAGCUGGGCGAGACGCGGGAGGGAGGCCGAACCCUGGGCCCGGGCGCCCCUCACAGCCCGCCUCCGCAGUCAGGCCCCAGGACGCAGUCGUGGGCUAGUGCGACCAAAGCAAGAUGGCGGCCCGCCCUCCCUGCUGCCCGGAUCGGCUUUCCCUGUGGACCCGGCUUGGGGUCGAGCCGCAGGAGAGAGCUGCACGGCCCCGGCGGCAGAGGGGGAACUUCCCUCCAACAAAAUUUCAGAGAAACUUUGAUUUGUGUAUUGUUUACAUAACAAUUUUAAAGGGUACAUAAUGUGUAAAGAGUUUGGAUAGAACUUCUCUUCAUACUAUGGUUUUUGUAAAGGAUUUGUUGAUAUGGAUUCAUUUUUUUCCUCUAUUUUUGUAAUAGCAGCAGGGUUGUCUCUUAAAAUGGCUGCCGAGGCGUGCCUGCGGGGAAGGCGGACGCGUCACGUAGGCCGAGGCGUCGUCCAUCUUGCCGCCGCGCCUGCGCGGCGCGUGCAGGUGGGCUGGCGGGACGAGCAUGUGGCUGGAAGCGCGGGGAAGGGACGAGGAGGACGGCACCGUGUGAUCAGUUAGGGUCUGUUCGCAAGUCACCAAGAGAUUCUAGAAGAAUCCUGCGGCCCCUUUCUGGGCUGGAUUUGCUUCUCACCCAGAGACCUCUCUCCCUCCCCACCCUACUGUGGGGUUUCAUCCUAUCGCCCCCUGCCUCGCUUCACACACACACAUACGCGCGCACACACACACACACACACACACACACACACACACGUGGGUACAAGUUCCACUGGAGGAAAAAUGGUAAGGACCGACAAAAGGCCUUAACGUCAGAUAAUGAGCUCAAAAAACCGCUUCCACUACGAUUGUGCGCAGGAACCUGAGCCUGGGGGCUGCACCCCCCCCUGGCUCGCUCACUGCUGAGGGAGAGGAGGAGAGCAAGACCCAGGACAGUGUAUAACUGGUCAGUGAGCAAGUGGCAGAGAGAGCGUGCGGGGAGACGUGCAGUCCACGUGGCCAGGCGGGCUGUGAAAGCAGAUGUGGGAAAGGGCAGCUGCAGGAUGGAAACGUGGUUCUCUCCACGUGUACGUCGGGGAUUUGCUGUGUCGUUGGCCGAUUUAUCUAUCCAGCCACACAGAAGAGAGAGAGAACCAGCCCUGACAUGGAGAUUAACAAACUGUGCUACCACAAAGUAAUAGCUCUGUUUCUUAAGGGCAAGAAAGACUACGUUUGGGAUUCGAUGCAAUGGAGGGUAUUAAAGGAAAUCAAAGAGGAGUUGUGCUCUGCACUGGAAAAUUGGGUUGUGUAAAUGAUGGUAUGAAUGCUCAGCCAGAGGCGAGAUCAGGGAGACGGUGUAAGGCCUGUUUAUUAAAUGGGUGAGUCUGGUGCCAUUGCUUUUAGCGAAGUCAAAGUCGAAAUUGAAGAGAUCAGACCAUGAAAAUCACUGCGCUUGCUUAUGGUUAUUUAAAAAAAAGUUAAGUAAACACAGAUUUAAAAGGCCUUAAUGAAAUCUAAACAACUUUCUUUUACCUUCGAGAUUAAAAAUGUGCACCCAAUUCAGCCUUGCUUUUGAAGUUUUUUAAGGUUUGAAAAGGUGGGAGCAUCUUAACUGUGGAGAGCUUUUAGUAAGCAGAGGGGGCUUGAACCCACUAUUAUCACAUUUUACGUUAAGAAAACAGACCUCCCCUUGGGUGACUACAUUCUAAACAUGCAAAUCCAUGUGCAGAAAGAGGCAGCAUUUUUUAGUUGAUUUUUUUUUUUUUUUUAAACUAAGUGCCAUUAACAUUCAUCCUCCACACCCCUUUUCUAAACAAGCUUAGUGUUAUUUGGGGAAUGUGUUGGGAUGGACGAUCACAUGUAAGGCAGGAAGACUAGAUCAAAAAUUUUGAAGGCCAAAGGUAAGACCAGAGGGUUUGUGAAGGUGUUUUUUGGAUGCUAAGAAAGUUAAUAAAGAAGAAAAAACAAGGGUAUUACACAUCUCGUGGAGAAAUGAGAAAGCAUUCAGAUCUGCUGCAAAACACAUAUAUCCAUAAAGACUUGGGUUGUUCAGAAAACAGAUUGUGAACACAAUCACAUUAGCAUGAAUCCUUUAAAAGGAAGAAGACCUUAAAAUAUUUGCAAAUCUGGAUUUCUAUUUAUUCCUUCACUGAAUAUAGAAACAAUGGUUAUCUGAUUAUUAGAGAUAUUAUUUUGGAUAUGUUACUUAUUAACUUGCUAUGGCUGGUAACCAUGAUAAAGUCUGUUAUUAAUAACAACAUAAUUCUUUUUUUAAAAAAAAAGAAAAGCUUAUUUUUCAUCGACUGUGUAUAGAUUUAUCUACUUAGUUGUGUUUUGCUAUUAGUGUUUUAGUUUUUAAGUUGAGUGUUCUGAUAAAUUUUAGGAGCCUGUCCCCACCUUGUUUUGAGUCCUGUGUUGACUGCAGGUAUACAGCUCAAUUUUAAAAUCCUAAAGCAAAAGAACUUUAUUUAUAAAAGAAUCAAACAGUUGCAUGCAUAAGGCUGUGAAGUCGGAUAUUUAGUAAUAAAGUGGCAGUGCCUUUUUUUGUAUUUACCCAUUGACCCCCCAAAUGCAACUGUUUUAUAUUAAUAGUAAACAUUAAAAAUCUUAGAAUAAAAUCUAUUUCACUACAUGUUUUCCCCCCUUUUUCUGAUUUAAGCAGUAUGUAUUUGGCAUCUCUAUACUGUCCUAGGGACAGUGGUGGUCUAUGAUAUUGUUACCAUGUAUGAUGUUUUAUUGGUGCUUUUUAUUCAUAGUGGUUUCUUACCAGAAACAGUAGGAAGACACACAUGAACUGUGUACAAGAAUUGAAACAUUGCUGCUGAUAUGUGUCUUUUACCACACGCUUUUUGAGUUUCACUUUUUAAAACAAGGGCCAGCAAGCAAAACAGACGCUGCUGGGCCUGCCUGCAGAGGGCAGCUGUUUGCACCAAGCUCUCAAAUCCUGUGUAUUGAUGGUCCCUUUUUGGUACUCAGGAUUGGAACUACAGCUGGGCCCCCAUCUCCCAUUCCUUUGAAGAGACACUGAGGGAAACAAGGUUUUCUUUUGAGGUGUCACUGGCUGCCUUUUACGGAAUGGGAGCCUUCUCCGGGUCUUGUGUUCUUCUGCACCUCUUGUAGCGACUGCUGGUGCAAGGUUGGUAGACAUGCAUUCCCCGGCUAGCACCGGGAUCCCCCCAAAAGCCUGGCUGGGGGAACUGAGCUGGGCUGAAUGCAUAGGCAUGCAACCAGAAGGGCAGCGAGGGGAGGAGAAGCAGGCCUCAGUCUCGUUGGCCCUCUGGAGAUGUCUGCAGCAGGCGGCUCCAGCUUGGGCAGGGAAGCAGCCUGACCAAGGCACUCGGGGGUGUGCCUCUUACAAGAAGGACCUGCGGAAGGAUAAUUUGCACAUGGGGCUGUGAUAACACUAAUGUUGAUUUUUUUUUUUUUUUUACAAGUCAUCAGAGAUGUUGCAAAGUGAGUUUUAUUUUUUCGUAAUUCCUUUAUCUUUACUUAAAGGUGAAUGUGUAUUCCUCUGGGAGGAAUAGGAAGAAAACAGGAAUGUUAAUAAUGUCAAACAGAAGACUUCCUCCCUCAUUAAUAUAUAACCCUCAUGUAUUUAUGCCUAAUGUAAGCUGACUUUUAAAAAGCUUUCUUUUGUUGCAUGCCCCGUGCAGGCAUCCCUAUUGUACAUGCAUGCCUCUCGUCCUGUUUUCCUGUAUAAAGUUAGUGAACAAAGAACUAUUUUUGCCUAGUUCAUGUUGCCAAGCAAUGCAUAUUUUUAAAAUUUGUCAUAUAUGGAAAUAGCAUGUUUGUUACAUGUAAAGCUUUACUGAUAUACAGAUAUACUAAUGUUUGAAGAUGCUGUUCUUUGCAAGUGUACAGUUUUCAAAUGUUGUUACCAGUGAAACACCCUUGUGGUUUAAACUUGCUACAAUGUAUUUAUUACUCAUUUCCUCCCAUGUAACUAAGAAUCAUGGCUAUAUUUCAUAUCAACGUUAUAUUGAAAGUGAAGGGAAAUGAUUAAUACAAGGUUUUGUAACACUGG